AUGACUUCAGACCCGCUGAAGGCACCGUCAGAACCAAGCAUCCCGCCCCUUAACUUCAUCUACGCCUGUUCCAUCUGCUGUGCCACAUUCGCCGACGUCUACGAAGGCGACCGCGAGACAGUCCAGGGUCUUUCGGACGGAAUCAACCCCAAGGAGCGCCGUGUCUCCAGGUUGUUCCUGGCUAGCUGCUGCCACGUCUUCUGUGGCAGUCACCUGGAAGGUGGAGGACCACCUUUCCACCCGGCUGGACAACGACCGCAAGCGCCAUGCCCAGUGUGCGCCAAGGAGAAGGAUGACGGCGAGAUCCGAGACCUCUACUCCCUUCGCGGAUUGCACAAAGACGAAUGUGAUCCUGCGAUUCCAGCAGCCUGGUUUGUUACACCUCCCAUCAGGCUCGACGGCAACGGGAAAGAGAUCGAAGCACUCCGCUUCCAGUACGUUGCGCUUAUACGGUAUUGCCAAAACACGUAUGCAAGUCAGAAGCCGCUCCAGGAUGAGCUAGCGCAAACGCAGAAGAAGUUGGGAAGCAUGCAAGACCUUGCGUCGGCAGAGCAUGCAGAAAUCCUUGAGCUGCAGAAGGAGAACGAGAGACUACGCGCCGCACAACACCAAUUCGAGAAAUCCCAGACCUUGAAGGUUGAUAUGACACGGCUGCAAGAACUCGAGCAGGAGGUAGAACAGUACCGCCGCAUUGAGGUUGACCUCCGCGAUUUUGAAACCUUUCAAAGGGAUAAGCCUGCGAUCAAGCAUUAUAUGAAGCUAGUCCCUAUGCUGAUCGGGCAAAACGAGAAAAUGAAGGACCGGCUUGCAAAACUUGGCUUUGCGAUGGCGCUAGAGCCGAUACCCAACUUUUCGGGACGUAUUGCCCUCCAGGACGAAUAUGACAGUAGCGAGUCCGCAGAUCGACCAGGCACGUCGCUACGUAAGACUACGUCAAGUCGUACGGCGGGCAGGUCCGCGCACACUGCGAGCAAGGACGAGACCGCACGAUCCAGUCCGCAUACUCAGCGUCCACUGAAGCGACAACGCCUGAACUCUCCUCUCCCCACGAACAUGCAACUUGUUCCACCUAGUAGCCGAGACGCUAUGCCUCCUCCAUCAAAACCAAUGUCCAGGAUGCGCUCGAUGCGCAAGAUCUUCCCAAGCCUGAGGAAGAAGUUGUCUCACAGUCACUCCACACCUCCACUGGAUAGGUCUUGUAGUGCGGACAGUGAUAUUCAGAUGUACGACAAUGGACGAUGGCAAAACACAUCGGCUUCACGAGCUGCAGAUGACAAGGAACCACCAACCUGUCAUGGCGCCUACAACGAUGCGUUAUACAUGUCGGGUGCAUUGCCAGUCGAACGUUCAUUGCGGGCCACACAUCUACGAGAAGCCGGACUUUUCUCGAAUACAAGGAUUAAUGGUACAAGCCCCAAUUUCACAUUCAGAGCCUCGUCGCCUGUUGCAAUGCGCAAACAGCCAGAAGAGUGCAUUCCAAUUCACUUGCCCACGGAGCCGUCCUACAUACAUCUGAUGGAUGGUCUAUCCCGUGAUACAGGGAUGGAACUUGGGUUGAAAGAUCCUCGCGAAGCCACGCCUGGAGGUCUUCCGCCCAUCGAGGUGAACGGGGCAAUUACGAAUAUCUACCGAGAUCAGCGUAAUUCUUAUGAUUCUGACAAUCGAAAACCAUGGGGUCUAGGACAUGCGUUCCUUCGCCAGUCACCUAAUUGCUCAGCCGCUCGCGUCACAAAUGUACUUGGAACCCACCAGGAUGAUGUUCGUCUCAGCAAAACCUACAAUGAGUCAAACCUGAAUCCAGUUACCCCCGCGCCAAGAAGGUAUCAACAACUCAGCCAUCAGGUCGAGAGUGUAGUAAGUCCCUUUUUCAAGAGCAGUCAGCAUCACUCGUCGAGCAUUUCCAAAUCCAGGAUCGCUGAGCCACGGGAUAGUUCCACUUAUUUGGAGACCUAUCGGUGUCCAAACCGCCAACCUCAAGCACCUGAGUCUCAUAGACGUGAGCCACAGAGUCUGAACGGACUCUCGUUUUUUGACUCACCUCGCAAUUUGAAUAACGAACCUAUCCAAUACAGUCGUACACAACAACCAGCAGAGCCAGUGCUACACGCAUCAUAUAAUCAAGGUCGCAAUCUUGACUCAAGGGGCUUCAUCACUAGGCCAGAGUCAGGACAAUCGUCAUGUCUCGGCGCCAGCGCAUACGGUUCUUCCUUGAAUCGACCGUCAUAUUUGCGACAGGAACAGACACAGUCACAUUCGGCAAUUCCUUUCCCUCCCGUCGGUCGCUUGUCGUACUUUCGCACUGGACAGCUUCCUUCGUCCAUGCCUUCAACUAUUCCAGGGUGUUCAUCUGUCCACUCCCGACCUCAGUGGGAGGUUCUCAAACGUAUGGGCGUGAAGAGCAGUCGAAACAGUUCCACCAAUACUGUAAAGAACACUCGUGGCGGUACCUCAAGACAUCUUUACACAGGUUCUAGUCGACGCAGUGUCAGGCGGUGAUCGACCUAGGAGUGUAUGUGUGGUAGUUGUCUCAUGUUUUCAAAUCUGAUACUUGCGAUACCUCUUCCCUUAUUUGCCCAUAUGACUCGACGUAGAGCCUUGAAAUAUUCCAUCUUGGCAGACUAGAAC